GAAAAACGAAUCGAGUGGUCUCCCCUCUGCUUCUUCUUCAGAAAUCGGCUACAGCAUGAGUGGCGCCGUUGAUGAUGCCACAUCGCCUUCCUUCUUCUCCGACAAAUCCGCUAAGAUCUUCAUCGCCGGCCACCGCGGCCUGGUUGGCUCCGCCAUCGUCCGCAAGCUCCAAUCCCUAGGCUUCACCAACCUCGUCCUCCGCACCCACGCUGAACUCGAUCUCACGCGCCAAGCCGACGUCGAGUCCUUCUUCGCUGCCGAAAGCCCCCAAUUCGUGAUCCUCGCCGCCGCCAAAGUCGGCGGCAUUCACGCCAACAACACCUACCCGGCUGACUUCAUCGCCGUCAACCUCCAAAUCCAGACCAACGUCAUCGACGCCUCCCACCGCUCCGGCGUCAAGAAGCUCCUCUUCCUCGGCUCCUCCUGCAUCUACCCCAAGUUCGCUCCUCAGCCCAUCCCUGAAAACGCGCUCCUGACGGGCCCACUGGAGCCCACCAAUGAGUGGUACGCCGUUGCCAAGAUCGCCGGCAUCAAGAUGUGCCAGGCGUACCGGAUUCAGUACAACUGGGACGCCAUUUCCGGCAUGCCGACCAACUUGUACGGCCCUCAGGACAACUUCCACCCCGAGAAUUCGCACGUGCUGCCGGCGUUGAUGAGGCGGUUUCAUGAGGCCAAGGUCAAUGGCGCCAAAGAGGUGGUGGUUUGGGGGACUGGGAGCCCACUGAGGGAGUUUCUCCACGUCGAUGAUCUCGCCGACGCGGUGGUGUUCUUGAUGGGGAGUUACAGUGGGUUGGAGCAUGUCAAUGUGGGCAGUGGACAGGAGGUUACUAUUAAGGAGUUGGCGGAAUUGGUUAAGGAAGUUGUGGGGUUUCAAGGUCAGCUUGUUUGGGACUCGUCUAAGCCGGAUGGAACUCCCAGGAAGCUCAUGGAUAGCUCCAAGCUCGCCGGAUUGGGUUGGACCCCGAAGAUCUCGCUAAAGGAGGGGCUGGUUGGUACCUACAAGUGGUACUUGGAGAAUGUCAAGCAAUGAUAAUGCAGGUGAUUGCAUUGAAUGUGAGUUUUUCCUUUUUAUCAUGAUUCGUGAGCUACUGCGUGGUGCUUAAUUCGCUCUUGUUGUUACAAUUGAAGUCUGAAACUUAGUGUAUCGAUUAUAUGUGGAAUAAGUUAUUUGUGAAUGAUACAUCUUGAAAGGAGGACUAGAACCAGUUGAAUUAUUGUUGUACAACUUCAAAUGGAUUAAACCAUUUAAAACUAUUGAAAUAUUAGUUCUUUUAUUAUAUAAAUUUGUGUUGGCAAGUGUUUUAGCA